UCCUUCUGGACGAGGGGAGCAGGAAAUGGCAAACUCCCACUAUGAGGCAAAGCAUUCCCACUGCAGCAAUUGGUUCGUGGGAACUAUAAAUUGGGUUCAUCCAGAAACAGCAUAAAAUUUGUCCGUGGCAAGAUUGGCUGGAAACGAAAGGGCCAUGGAGAGAGAUGCUAUAACCUUUCCUCCAGCACUGGACCCUACACGCCACUUCCAAAUGCUGCUGCUGAAUCAGAGAAGUAAGCUGCAUGGCCAGAUCAGGAAGCUUCGCGAGAUUGCACGAAACAUCAACAAGCUGCGCAGGCGAUCCCUGAUUGCAAACAUCACUGGGAGUUCCCUGAGUGCAGUAGGAGCAAUCACAGCCAUCGUAGGGCUCUCCUUGAGCCCUGCCACUUUAGGGGCAUCUCUCCUGGCUUCUGCCGUGGGCCUGGGCGUAGCCUCUGCCGGAGGGGCUGUCAAUGUCACCUCCGAUCUCUCCUUAGUGCUCUCUAACUCCAGGGAACUGAGAAGGGUGCAGGAGAUUGCAGUGAACUGUCAGAACCAGAUGAGGGAAAUCCUGAGCUGCCUAGAAUUCCUCCACCGUGGACAGGGCCCAAUGGACCCCCUGUUGCUUCAGUCAGAGAAAAAUGCUUCCAUCUCACUGUACAAUUCCAUCUGCUUCAUGGUAUUCUACGGUUCGCGCAACUUUCUUGUGCCGGAGUACACGAGGGAGGUCACAAAGGUGAGCCAAGCUGUGCUAAAGGCAAAAAUCCAGAAACUGGCUGAAAACCUUGAGUCCUGCAUCAGAGCAAUGGAUGAAGUCUGUGAACUCUUAGAAUCCAGAGCAGAACUUUCCUCCAACACAAGAAACCCCAGCUCAAGUGCCAGGAUCACCAUCAAACCCCAGGGAUCAUCCAGCUGAAACAGUCAAAACCAAAAGUGUGGGGUUAGAGAUGCCAUAUUAGUCAUUAUUUUUAUUACUGCUGUUAUUUUUACAAGCAUUCGUGGCACCCAUCCUCAUAGCUGAGAACAAGUUACAAGGUUCUGAUUUAAAUAUGACAGCAAGCAUGUCUCUAAAAGGGAGCUGAUGCUUUUACCUCCCUGCAGUACUGAACUAAAAUUUGAGGUUAUGAUGGAGAUCUAGCCUGUAGAGUAAAUGACAAGAACGACUCCAGAGCCUACAUUUAGUGGAAGACCAGUAGGGUAAAUGAUGGAUUAAAGGCUAAUCUGCCCACAUUUCCUUGGCUCCCAUUUGGUGCUGCUCCAUGAUGGCAGAGAGGAAUGGGUCUGGAGUUAGAUCAAAAGGCUCCUUGCCCGGUCUUGCUCCCUGGUUGUAAAUAACCUGUGAAUUCUUCUUCUCAUAGAGGUAAAAGGAGUGAGAUUUAUUGAUAUAUCUAGCACUCACAAAUUUCCUACUAAAGUAGCCAGAGAUGUGACAAACUAUAUCCACUAGAUGGCAGUACAGCACACAUAAUAUCUCAGCAGGCACUAUGCACCAAAAAGUAUUCUUUCCCUUUUAAAGAGAUAUUUUCUUUUCCACGUGCUGUCGGACAAAGUGGAAAUUGUGAUUUUUUUCCUAUUUAUUUAUAUAGAGUUAUUUUAAGCCUUUAGAAUUGUAUUUAAAGAAGAAAAAAUGUUUAAGAAUGUUAAAAAAAUGGCUUCCAACCCAGAGGGAAGCAUUCCACAGGGCAAAUAUCUGAUGGACAGUCUCCUAUUGACUCACCAGCCAGCACAACACCCUAUCAAAAAGGAAGAGAAUUGUCUGAAUUCAAAUAGGCACAAAACAUGUAGAUUGCAGGAAACCAAGUACAGCUCUCGGGAUGGGAGGGGAAAAAAGUGGAAAUGGGGAACAAAUCCCUGAACAGGAGGGCUUGCCUCUUGACAUAUGUAGAGGAGGGUGACAGUUCCUCAUGCAAAAAGGAUGUUCCAGUUGUAAGAUGUGGCAGGGGAUUUGAUAGCUAGAGAUGUCAAUAGUUAGGCGUCUUCGGGUAUCAGUGUGAAAGUGGCAGGUCUCAUGAGACAGCAAUACACUGUUAGCGAGUGCUGUGGAGGAUUCUGCGGUUGGGAUAUAUAUUGGUACUCAUGAAAGAGAGUGAUGUAGAAGAGAUAGGUGGUCCAGUGGUUAGGGCACUAGCCUAGCACUUAGGAGACCCUGCUCUGCCCCAGACUUCUUGUGUGACGUUGGGCAAGUCACUUGGCCCCUCUGUGCCUCUGUUCCCCAUCUGCAAAAUGGGGAUAAUAGCAUUUCCUUAUCCCCCAGGCAUAUUGGGAACUCAAUACUUUGCAUAUUGUGAAGUGCUUACACAUUGUGGGGGAAGGGGGGCAUAUAAGUAGCUAAGACAGAUGUAGGAGAGAGGACUUGGAAGCUAGCUUUAGAUUAGUAGGAAAAAGGCUUAGGUCUAGGUACAUUUUCAGUCCCACAUGCAGAACAAGCUAUACACGAGGAACUUCAGAAUCUCAGUGCAGGGAUGAAAAAAUGACCAAAAGAGGAGGAUUUAAAUGUAUGAAGCAGAGGAAACUCUUGGUGGGGGAAAAGCCAAGCCAGAGUAGCAAAGUUUGAAGUCUUGUUCUUCUUUUAUGCCCCUCCCAUGUUCUUGGAACAUGUGGUUUUAUGUACUUUAAAAAACCAAAAGCAGUUGUCACUGAGAGCAUCUCACAUCCGAGAAUGAUUGCCACGCAUGAGUAAUGACUCUGAUGUGACGCUGAUUCAAUGAAAUGAAUCUGAAGCUAUUUUGUGUCUGUGUAUAUGUAUUUCUCUAUGUGUGUGAUCUCUGAUAUUCUACAACAUCCAUACCCCAGUGCUGGGUCCCUGCUGCCUUUCUGGCUACCAGACGCUGUAAAUAAAGACCCAGUACUAGCA